CAGAGCUGUGGCCAAAGAAAUCGAAACAGUACGAGACAUGGCUAGAGAUGGCGAGGGACACGAUCAGACUGCGAUCACGGAUGCUGAUGCUGUUUUAAACAAACGGGGGCCUUAAAUUCAUACCAAAAAAAAAAAAAACACCAUAUUAGUAAUCAUAAAAAAUAAGCAUUUCAAAGGAAACCAAUUCCGCUGUUCUAAUGUGAAGACUUCUUUGGACCUUUCUCAAACAGACAAGAUAGAUGUUUUGUUCACACGCUUGCACGAAUAAUAAUGAAUGCUCAGCUGACGAUGGAGAAUAUUGGCGAUCUGCACGGGGUGAGCCAUGAGCAGGUGCCAACUACGGCUGAUCUGAUGAGCAGCAGUAGUCCUCAUCACAGAAGCUCGGUGGCCCAUCGCAGCAACCACUUGUCAGUCCACGCUCGCUCCAUGGGCAUGGCAUCCAUUCUGGAUGGCGGCGACUACCAUCACCAUCGGCCCCCCGAUCACGCUUUAACGGGGCACCUGCACCCCACCAUGACCAUGGCUUGCGAGGCACCCCCCGGUAUGAGCAUGAGCAGCACCUACACCACUUUAACCCCUCUGCAGUCGCUACCUCCCAUCUCGACGGUCUCGGACAAGUUUCCCCAUCAUCAUCACCACCAUCAUCAUCAUCAUCACCCUCACCAGCGGAUUCCAGGCAACGUGAGCGGCAGUUUUACACUGAUGAGGGACGACAGGGCUCUGGCUUCUAUGAACAAUCUUUACACCCCAUACCACAAGGAUGUCACUGGCAUGGGGCAAAGCCUGUCUCCCUUGUCAGGGUCCGGGCUGGGAGGCAUCCACAACUCCCAGCAGGGUCUGCCACCUUAUGCCCACCCUGGCGCCACCAUGCCCACUGAGAAGAUGCUGACACCCAACGGAUUUGAAGCCCACCACCCUGCCAUGCUAGCAAGGCACGGGGAUCAGCACAUGACCGCUUCUUCAGCGGGUAUGGUGCAAAUCAACGGAAUCCAUCAUCACCACCACUUAAAUGCCCAAAGUCAUGGCCAGGUGUUGGGUUCCACCAGGGAGCAUAAUGCAUCCUCUCUGUCUGGAUCGCAGGGCAACAAUGGGGGCAAUUCAGGGCAAAUGGAAGAAGUAAAUACCAAAGAAGUAGCCCAGAGGAUCACCACCGAGCUUAAAAGGUACAGCAUCCCCCAGGCCAUCUUUGCCCAGAGGGUACUGUGCCGAUCGCAAGGGACCCUCUCUGACCUGCUAAGGAACCCCAAACCUUGGAGCAAGCUCAAGUCUGGCCGGGAGACUUUUCGGAGAAUGUGGAAGUGGCUUCAAGAGCCGGAAUUCCAAAGAAUGUCCGCUCUCAGGCUUGCAGCAUGCAAAAGAAAAGAACAAGAGCAUGGGAAGGGGGACAGAGGAAGCGCGUCCAAAAAGCCCAGGCUGGUCUUCACAGAUGUUCAACGUCGCACUCUACAUGCAAUAUUCAAAGAAAACAAGCGCCCAUCCAAAGAAUUGCAAAUAACCAUUUCCCAGCAGCUGGGUCUGGAGCUGACCACGGUCAGCAACUUCUUUAUGAAUGCACGCAGGAGGAGCCUGGAUAAGUGGCUGGACGAUGGCAGUUCCAACUCAGCCAACUCCUCUUCCUCAUCAAGCACUUGUACCAAAGCAUGAAGGAAUAACCACGGACUGAACCUCGGUGGAAAAGCUUUAAAAACAAAGACCAGGACCUCAAGAUGCAGGUUUAUCCUUUAAAACUGUUUAAAAUUAAAAAAAGACAUUAUGAUAUUUAUAAUAUCCAAAGAAAACCAAAGACUUCUUUCACCUGCAUUAAGAUGUUGUUCUGCAACACACUUUAGUAGGACAUCUUGCAAAAUAACACUGGUCCGUACACCUUCAUCCAUGAUCAUCGUACAACGUAUUUGGCUGUUAUGGUGGUUUGCAGCAUAGUGGUUCUUGUCAUUGAAUGGACAUUACCAAAACACGUGAACCAUUUUAUUUCAUUUGAAAUAAUAUGUAGGUGUAUGAUGUAAAAAAACAACAAAAAAAAAACAAAAAAAAAACACUGUGUACAUACCAGUGGUUGGAGACAUUGUCAGGACUGGUCUGCAGAGUGGGCUGUACAAUGGUAUAACUCGAAUGUUGUGGAGUCGUAUGUGUACCUUUGAAUAUUCAUUCGAUUCCAGUCUGUCGGUACUUGAAGCUGGGAACUCAAAGAUCUGGCUAUAGUGUUCAAACUUGGUGGAGCCAUUUUGAAUAUCGCCUAAUAGUGCUUUCUCACUGUUUGUUAAGAAGUAUCCAGGAGGGGAAAAAAAUUCACAAAACAUAGAAAACAUAACUUAAAAUAUUAUAACAUACCAAAGAAAAAAUAAGUUAUUUUUUCAAAGCAGAUAACCCAAAGAGUAUUUUUUACAAAGAACCAAUAGUUUUUGGUUAGGUGUGCAGUCUUUAUCACAGAGGGGGUCAGUAAGACUGUUAAAUACAAUGCAUUUUCCUACAUAUACUUUUGACCAACAGUUUCAUAUUAAGGCAUUAGGUAUUGUAACAGCUACUUCCAAAUAUACAAAAACAAGUCUCCCUGCAUUAUUUAUUAGAAAAAAAAUCACAUAUUUGUAUAUAGGUACCAAUAAUGACAAUGUUAUUAGUGUACUAUUUAUAGGUCAAUGUAUAGAGAGCACUUCUUUCAGACAGACAAAAUACCAUACUGUUUAUGAAUUCACAUUUUAAAAUUACACUUUACUGCACAAUUUCGAUCAUAUUUCAUUGUGUAUCAAUAUACUUUCCAUACACUACUUUAUUAUUAUUAUUAUUAACACAUAUAUAACAGCAAUAUAUUCAGGACACAUGGAAAGGGUGUAUUAUUUACUUGUGGCGCAUGUCAUCAGGUGUUAAUGGAAAAUUAAGGCCCUAUAUAAUAAACAUGUAUUUUCUUUUCAAUGUUAUAUUACAGACACUAUGAAAUACCAGCUGCUAAUGACCAAAGAGAUAACCUGACUCACCAGCAUUCAACGUUUAUCAUGACAUGGAUGUAAAAUAUGUUAUUCAUGCCUUUACAAUACUACUGGAGUGCAAGUGUAAAAUCACCUUAAACCGAAGUUCUAAUAGUUCCCCGUACCACCAUCAGAUAUUCAAUGACCAAUUGAAAUCUGGCCAUUAGGAUAAAAACAAUGUGUUAAGGAAGCCAUUCAACCCUAUUACAAUCAAAGAUUUCACCUACAGAAUGAAAAAUACCUAUUUUUGUUAGGUAAAGGCAAACCUUUCUAUAAAAUAAAUGCGCCAGUGGCUUACAAUAUACAAUAUUUUAGGAUUAUGCAUAUUAAAACAUUGAUGUAAUAAUGACAUUACAUCAUAUGACCAAAAAGCAAGAUUCAGUACAUUGUUUGAUUUGCAAGAUAAUGUACAUACUUUAACGUCACACUAACAUGUUAGUUUAUAAUUCCUUACAAUUGCAGGUUGAAGCUAGUCAAGGCUUUACUAUGAACUCAAGUAUGUAAACCUGAGCUUGUGGCCUCUAUGAUUUGUCAAAUUAAGCUAAGGUUUGACUGUGUUCAUAAUAAAACCCAGAAGGGCUCAAACUGCUAUACUAUAGGCUGAACUUACCAAAUAUUAAUCUGGACUGUGUAAGGCCCUACCUACACAAUGGCAAUAUUUACUGAUGAAUUGAUUGCAAAGGGAUUCAACUGUAUUUAGUAAAAUAUAUACAUGCAUUUAAAUCGUGGUAAUCUUAAAUGUAAAGUAGCAUUGCCCAAGUUAAUAAUAGAAGCCACAGUACUACUUUAUGUUUGAUACGCUAUGACACGGACAUCCAAGCACAUUUUUAACAGGCAGCCUGAGCACAUGCUGCCUCUUCUCCAUGUUUCAGGAAAAGAUGUUUCAUUGCCAGAGUAUAACCAGAGGAUAGAUUUAUUACAAUCUUAUAAGAAACCCCAAUGAUCCAAAAAGACAACUUUAAAUGCAAUUACCAUACAAGGAAUCAAAGGCCUUUUUAAUGUACUAUGGAGUCCCGUACACUAAGUAAAAUGUGUAUUUUUUUUUUAACCAAAGACAGUGUUAGGACAUCAAACUUAUUCUACUCAUUCAUAAUUGUGGGUUGUAUUGUAGUUUUUUUUUCUUUUUCUAAAUUAAUGUAUUUUAUACUACUUACAUUUAAACUACCACUCUGGAAAACAAAUGGAAACUAUGCGUUUAACAAAUGGGAAGAAAGCACUAUGUAUGCCUAUCUUAUCAUGACCAGGUGUAUUCAAAUGCAAGAGGCCUGAUGAAUGGAUGGUAGUCCACAUUUUUACCACUUUUCUGGCCUUGUUGUUUCUUGUGGUGUGGUUAGCUUUACAAAUAUAUUUGGUAACCAUUUACUAGUAUUACGAUGAAGAAGCAAAGUUAAGAAAUAGCUGCUUCCACAUGUAAAAAAUGUGUAAAGAUCUACUAUUUAUAGUGUGAACCAAAGACGCUACCUCACUCGAUUUCCAUUCGUGAUUUUAAUCACAUUGAUGAUACCAAAGAAUACCAAAGAUUUUUUUCUUGCACGGCCUUCAUGAAUGAGGUGGUGGAUAUCUGGCGUCCUUCCUCCUCCCCUUCCCUCUUGACCCUCACUCAGUAUAAACUCUCUUCAUUGAAAAUAAAGCUAUAGGCAAACAUGUUGCAAACUUUGUAAACUCACAGGACGAGUGCCUUGCUUGAACCAAAGUGUUAAACCGCUGUUGACCUCUAUGAUCUUACCUUAUACUCUUUGAAUACCUCAGCCUCUAGAAAGGCCACCAUUGAAGAAAAAAAAGGAAUAAUUCUUUCACCGUGGUGCUUUUGCCUCACAACCAUGCAAUGAAAACAUACUUUGAUACCAAAGGAAUUUUUUUUUUCCACCUUUUUGCUGACAAACCAAAGCUCUUUUCUCCUCACCCCCCCACCUUCUCCCUCUGCCCUAUGUGUCGCCCCUGGGCAUCUCUACCAUGCAGGUCGUGCAUUUCUUUACCAAUGUCUCCGAAUACCUCAUAGUAAUAAAUCUUUAGGGUUAUGUUGUAUAGAGAGUCUAUGUGAUUAAGGCAGAAGCUAACUAGUUUGAUAAUUGUUAACGUUACUUCAAAAAAAGCUUUAUAAUUAUUUAUUUUGUAGAUUUGGCAGAACUGCUCUGUUACGCUAACGGAAGUGUUUCAAAGAUCGGCUAGGGUUGCAGGAAAGAAAGAAGAAAAACAGACUUAUUUUUUAUUAAAGUUUCUUUUGUGUGUGUUAUUCUAAUGAUAGUAGACUAUUCUUUUUUACAGGGUAAAACCAACUGCUGUGAUAAUGUGUUUUUAGUUUUACCCUCUUUUCUCUGCCUAUGUGUUGUGAUUUGGUUAAUUUAAUUGCGUUUUUGUAUUGCUUAUUUAAUCAUUGCUUUCAUUUAUGCAUUUGUAGAAAAAUAUAGAUUUGUAUAUAGUAGGUUUUGAAAAAAAAAAAAACAACAACAAAAAACAGCCAAAGCUUUAUGUUACAACCUUAUUUUUUUCAUGCUGAGAUAUGAAGGAGUAGGAUUUUUUUAUUGCAGGGUGUACCUUCAGAAAUAUCUUAGCAAGGCACUUCAAUAGUGUUAAAAACACUGCCAGAUCCCAAAAGAAAUUGUCAAUGUAAACAAGGUUCAAAGGUGUUACUUUGUUAGUCAGAAGGCAAAGAAGGCAGUGUAUGUGUUUUUAAAAUUAUUUUGACUUUAUAUUAGCGUUAUUUUAUGGGUAAGACUGCACAUCCAAAGAUUUAUAAAAAAAAAAAAAAGAAAAAAUUGUUUAAUGUUGAAAAGCACUGGCAUUUGUGAAAUAGAACUGUUGAGUUUUUAUUUGCCAUUCGCACGGGUAUAGAAAUUAGAGGGCGUAGAGAACUUUGUAGGCAAGCUAACUUGAUUUUGGGAAUCCUGCUAAAUGUACAAUCUGAAGCUUUCUAAAUUAGGACUCCAAGUCCUGGUCACUUUGCGCUCACAUGCACAGAGUGAGAUGCAGACUGGAUAGGGCAGCCGGACUGCCAGGUAGCCGUGCCACAUUGCUGGGUAUAUAUUUUUUUCAUGUGGCACCGCUGUCCAGUUCCAUCUAGCAUCUAUUAUUUUUGGUGCGUACUCGUGUAAUGAUAUAUAGCAAAGUCUAAUAAAUCUGUAAAGAAACUUUACAGGGAAUCAGUGCACGUUUUUAAGGCUGUGCUGUUUGUCCUCUUUUAUAUUAUUUAAAUAACAUUUUAAAAUAAAUUCAGAUAAAAACUGGAACCAAAAAAAAAAAAAAAAGAAAUAAUCCUUCAUUUUUUCAUUGAAUUUUUGUGAAUUGCUUGGUUACAGAUUCACUUUUAAUAUUGUGAAUGUUAAAAACUGUGUGGGAUUGUUAAGUGUUUUUCAUACCUAUGAUAGCAUAGUGAGAUUGAUUUUCUCCAUCUAAAGUUAGGCCUCAAAGAGGGAAAAAUGUACCUUUACUAGCUCUCAGCCCAUCAAAGUUCAGUACCUGUAAAAGCACUCAAAAUGUGACUACUUGUAUUUUUCACCAGUCUUCAUCAUCUGACAUAGAACAAAACAUUUACUAAUUAUACUGUAUUAUAAAACUAAGAGUUAUUAUGCCACAUGUCUGUUGCCCAUUUUAAACCAAUGGCAGCAGAAAUUGAAAAUAGUAAUAUGCUUUUAAAGCUUGAAUGUUUAAAUCGCCAAUCAUAUUUUUUUCAAAGACCAAUUGAGGUGCACUUUAGGAAAUAAAACAUAGAAGCUCAGAAUAAACCAGAGCACACCUUUCACACUUUCUUGCAUACAAAGCCCAUACUAACCAAUAUUGUAUAAAAUACAACAAGUAUAAACAAUGUCAAGAUCAGUGAACAGAAUUCAAAAAGGAGAUUUUUAUCAAAUUGAAAAUGACUUCUGAAAGGAUUUUGACAAAUUAUAAUUUGAAACAUAAAUCAUGAUAGACCACCACUGUGCACAUCUAUAGUUCCCAUACAUUAAAAUUAAGACACAUAACAGGCCACAUAGAAGUUUUAAUUAGUAUUUUCUUAUUUUAUUAAGGCAGUUAAAUCAGUAAAUAUAUAUCAAGAGCAUAUGACAAUAAUCUAUAUUUAUGGGGAGAAAAAACAAAACAAAACAAAAAAAACAGCUUCCCAGGGCUUAAUGCAUUUAGCUCUCAGUGUAUGUUAGCUCAAGCUUUAAUUACAGGACACAGCUGAAGUGUUCAGCUUGAAAUCCAAAGUAUUGUAGUAUUGUAGGAAAACUGGACCUUGAUCUUCAUUCCAUUGGUCAAGACUAUGGUGAUUCUAAAACCAAAGCUUAGCAGGCCUUGCGAUUUCCUGCUAUGUAAGCAGCUUCACAUUUGGUUUCCCACAUGCAAGAUAGCUUGACUACUAGUAACUGAAUGACAACGCCUAAGACAAUCAUCAGGAAAAAGGUGGUAGGUAUAGAUUCUCUUCCAAGAGCAAGAAGGAGUUCUUCACAAAAAAAAAACGAAGAGGCUUAGAAGGUUUUGAUAAAAGAAAACUUGCUGACAUUUUUCAUAUUAGAAGGCAGUAGUUGUUUAUGUGUUUGCAUCUGCAUUUCAGACUAAGUGAUUCCUGUAUCUGAUUACAGUUUAUUGAUAUUUCUGUCAAUUUCUCCUCUUAGUCAAGUGCUUCUUAUGUAUUUCUGUGCUUAGCUACAAAGGGGUAAUGCAUUAGGCAUUAUUCACAUUUCUUUCUAUGUAUUUUUUCCUGUAAUGCUUUAAUAUUUCAUUUGUAAUUUUAGUUUUUUUUUUGUUCAGCUUUGCUGCUGUUCUCAAUGCCGUGCAAUAUCAUCUGCUGUGUUUGCUAAGCAAAAAAAAAAAAAAAAAAAAAAAUAUAAGCAAGUGAUGAUGUCAUCAUGCUUUUUCAGUGUUAAAAUGUUUCAGCGUUUAUGUAGUCACAAAAAUGUAGUAAAUAAAAGGUUGGAUUUUCCAGCAGUUUAAAUUUAAA